AUGUACCUCGUCCUCUCAUCUCUCCUAACCACUCUUGCCGCUGCUUCUCCCUUGGGAAAGAGAGACGACAGACUUUCCUGUGUGCAAUUCCAAUACGGAGGCCCUUUCACCUCUUUCGGACUCAACGGAUGGAUUCAUCUUUAUGCCAAUGUGACACAGUUCCAUCCUGAUACCCAAACCACAACCUUUAACGUCACUCAAGUCGGAGUGGAUGGCAACGGUGAAAUUGCAGCUUGUGGGGAUUGUCGAUCAACUCAGCAAUUUGGGUUUGAGGUGUGUCAAGGACCCGAUGGCAAGGGAUAUGAGGGUUUGUCAAACUCCCCCGAAUUCUUCUACGGUCAUAUCCUCUUCACAUAUGACCAAUCCGACAUUCAAUGUUUAGAAGCAUUACGUAUACCUGUCAAUGGGUCUACGGUCAGGUUGGCAGACUGUCAAUACCGGUAUUCUACAGCUGGGAAGAGUAAUCAAUAUUUCCUGAUGUCCACCAGUACAGGUCCGUACGAAGCUCGGCUUGUACAAGAUGAUUCAGCCGGAUCUUACGGCCCCAUCGUCGAUUCUGACGGUGUGGUAGAACUUUACGACGGUCCUGCUACUGGUCCAUUCUCAUUUUUCGGUUUCCAAGCUCCUAUCUUUUAA